AAGUUGGCCAAGGCAAUGCUUUCGUAGGUCAACUGCUCAAAGGGGCUCACAACUUUGUUAUCCCACGUCAGUUCAGAUCUCGUACGGAGUCGAAUCAAAAUUACAAGUUAUAAAAGUGAAAAUCGGUUUUAUUCUUUUUACCAUUCCACUUUGACGCUAAUCCGAAUCGUUUUAAAAUCAAGCAACCAGUAAUCCAACAUGGGCGAUGAAGGCGGUGGCGGCGGACAUGGCAAGGGCGACCUCAAGUCCUUCCUCAUGGACUUCAUGAUGGGCGGCGUUUCGGCGGCGGUGGCCAAGACGGCGGUGGCGCCCAUCGAGCGGGUGAAGCUGCUCCUGCAGGUCCAGGAGGUGUCCAAGCAGAUCUCCGCGGACCAGCGCUACAAGGGCAUCGUCGACUGUUUCGUGCGCAUUCCCAAGGAGCAGGGAUUCUCGUCCUUCUGGCGCGGCAACUUGGCCAACGUGAUCCGUUACUUUCCCACGCAGGCCCUCAACUUUGCCUUCAAGGAUGUGUACAAAUCGGUCUUCCUCGGCGGCGUUGACAAGCACAAGCAGUUCUGGCGCCACUUUGCAGGAAACUUGGCCUCUGGCGGCGCAGCAGGCGCCACAUCCUUGUGCUUCGUCUAUCCCCUGGACUUUGCCCGAACCCGCUUGGCCGCCGACGUGGGCCAGGGCGGCAAUCGGGAGUUCAACGGCCUGAUCGACUGCCUGAUGAAGGUGAUAAAGAGCGAUGGCCCCAUUGGCCUGUACCGCGGCUUCAUUGUGUCGGUGCAGGGCAUCGUCAUCUACCGUGCGGCCUACUUCGGCUUCUACGACACCUGCCGCGACUUCCUGCCGAAUCCAAAGAGCACGCCCUUCUACGUCAGCUGGGCGAUCGCCCAGGUGGUCACCACCGUGGCCGGCAUCGCUUCCUAUCCCUUCGACACGGUGCGCCGUCGCAUGAUGAUGCAGUCGGGCCUGAAGAAGUCCGAGAUGGUCUACAAGAACACGGCCCACUGCUGGCUGGUGAUUGCCAAGCAGGAGGGCAUCGGCGCCUUCUUCAAGGGCGCCCUCUCGAACAUCAUCCGCGGCACGGGCGGCGCCCUGGUUCUCGCCAUUUACGACGAGAUGAAGAAGUACUUUUAGCCCCGAUGUCGGGCCGUUUGUGGUGAGUCCAUUCGGCCGCCAUCUAGCAACCCAGCCGCACCAAAUAGCACACCACGAGGGCGCCGCACCUGCAGAUCCCCAGCCCACCGUUUCAUCGCUUCGUAAAGGAAGACUGGGACCAGUCCAUCGGCCAGGAGGCCCAUAAAUUAGUGAUUUAAUCGGGAUGCUGGCUGCCCCUCAUCUCAAGAUGUGUUCUUCGCCAGUGGUUGAGAAAAUACAAAUAAUUUAUUGAACUUAAA